ACUGCUACGGGGGGCGGUGCUACAUUCUUUACCUCUUCUCUGUGACGGCGCGCGGCAUUCAGGCAACAAAAAUGAGCUCACCGGGCAAGUCGUCGGCGCCGCCGCAUGUACAGAACCUUGACUUGGACUAUUUGUUGUCGGUCUUUGCGAGCAAUGUUUUCACUUCCAGUACUACCGAUCCCGAAAAGGUUCAGAUCUUUGACGACAUCCAAGAGAAAUGCGUGGAACUCUUUAACAAGGACUACAUCGUGAAGAUCAUAGACAACGAUCGUGGGAAACUCAGCGCCACUUAUCCCAACAAGAUAGUGUCCCUGGCACUUCCGGCUCGUAGUGACGGCAGUAAUGAUGACGGCGGAUGCGCCAGCUGGUUUCCUGGUGAACCGCAAUAA